AUGGAAAUUGAUAUUGAAAAAUUACCAAUUAUUGAUAUUUCAUCUUUUCAAAAUAAUGAAAAUGAUAAAAAUCAAGUUGCCAAAGAAAUUAAUAAAGCAUGUAAAGAGUAUGGAUUUUUUUAUAUAAAGAAUCAUGGAGUUGAUCAAGAAUUAAUUGAAAAUUUACAAAAUGUAAUUAAAAAAUUCUUUUCUUUGCCACUUGAAAUCAAAAUGAAAUGGAAAAUGGGACUUACCAAUAGAGAAUGGCUCGGAUUCUUCAAAGUCGGUCAAGAAAUUACUUAUGGUCAAGUCGAUUGGAAAGAAGGUUGCUAUUACUCCUCAGAGAUGGAUGGUGAUAUUAAUACAAUCCAUAAUGUUCCAUUAUACCCAACCGCUGAACAAGAGGAACAAUAUGAGAUCCAAGGUUUUAAAAGCACAAUUCAUACCUAUAUCGAAAAGUUAACUCAUUUAUCUCAACAAAUAAUUGAAGCAAUUUCAUUAAGUUUAAAUCUUCCUCAAGAUUAUUUCUUCAAGAAUUACACAUAUGAUCCAUUCAUUCUAAUGGGACUACUUCAUUAUCCAUCAUUUCAUCAUCAAGAACAAGAAGAAGAGCAAGAAGACGAUGAAAGUAAUAAUGGAGGAAAAAAAUCACCAAAUCCUGAUGAAUCAAAGAAACCAGAAGUUGAAAAAUUUGGAACUGGACAACAUACUGAUUGGGGUUUAUUAACUGUACUUUAUCAAGAUGAUGUCGGUGGUUUGCAAGUUAAAUCUAAGAAUUCUGAAGAGUAUAUCGAUGCACCACCAAUUCCAGGUACUUUUAUUUGCAACAUUGGUGAUAUGUUGGAUAAAAUGACUGGUGGUUAUUAUCUUUCAAAUCUUCAUCGUGUAAAGUAUAAUAAAAGUGGUCGUGAUCGUUUCUCAAUUCCAUUCUUUUUAGACCCAUCUCUUAAUUCAAUUCCAAAAUUAAUUCCAAACUAUGAUCAACUAAGCCAAUUUGCUGAUAAACCAGAAAGAUGGGAUAAACAAAAUAUUCAUGAAUUUGAUGGUACCUAUGGUCAAUAUUUUAUUAAAAAAAUUGGUCGUGUUUUUCCAGAUUAUGUUUAUAAAAAAAGUGGUGAAUUAGUUUAA